GGUGGGGUGGGGGGCUGCGGCUUGUUUUGGAAGCCCAGGGCUCCGAAGCGUCCCCCGAAAGUUGAGGGGAAUGCUGAGCCCCCCGCUGCGGCACCGUGCGAGGCAGCGCUCCGCGGAAGGACCAACUCUUCUGCCGAUUCCUCACACGCACCCCCCAUACACGCACCCCGCCAUCGCCACACCCCGGACUCGGGCAUUCGGGGCACGUCUCCAAAAUAAAAAAUUGGCUAGUAUUGCCAGUGUGUUUUUAAGCAGUAGAGUGCAUGGCUGGGGCUGACUGCGAGUCUACUUGGCAUGCUGAUAUCCCUUCGGUUCACUGCAGUCAAUAAACAAGAUCGUGUCAUUUCACCAAUUUAAAAAAAAAAGGAAGGUCUUGCAUAGACACAGACCUUUUCCUGAUCUCCCCCAUCCUCAGAGGGGGUAGAAGGUCCACCUCCAAUCCUGCCAGAAGAUUAAGAGCUGUCAGGUUGCUGUCUUGUGAGCCCUGUUUCUGUUUAACUUCCCAAAAUCCAGGUGACUUCCAUGGGACGGCUCGCUGACUUCAAGCAGCGCUUCAGGCAGGUCAGUGUCUCAGGGGAAGAUGCAGGCAAACUGAAAACUUCAGAAAAGUGAGCCAUGUGUCCUUCUGAAAGCUGAAAAGUAGGCCUCUGAUAGGGUCAUGAACCCAAGACAAAUCUUUGUGUCUGUACUGAUGUUUGGAGUAGCUGGUCUACUCCUCUUCAUGUAUCUGCAAGCUUGGAUUGAAGAACAACAUACAGAGUCUGGAGAAAAAAUGCGACAACAGAUAAUUAAUCAGGUUUUCCCACUCCCAACUCCGGGGAUGCCAAGGAGAGCAGCGUGGAGCAGGAGCGAUUCUCCUGGCCUCAAUAAGCACAAGAUGGCCGUCUUGGGUGGCAGGCACUGGCGAGGCAAGGCUGACCCUUUCGGUGUGGUGGCUGCUUCCUUGGUGAGCCAACUGUCUGAGCAGCAGAAGAUAAGCGAGUCACCUCUCAGCCAGUUCGGAGGGGUGUAUUUACCUCCUGCACUGCACCCUUUAAACAAGACAUUAGUCAAGGGUGGCAAAUGGAAGGAUAUGGAUAUCACCCAGGAAAAGCGCAGGUCCUUCCUGCAUGACUUCUGUAAGAAAUACAACAGCAGAAAGAAGCUGCGAACCCAUCUCGUGCACCUGGUGUCAAGAAUUUAUGUGGAGGACAGGCACAAGGUCCUGUACUGCGAAGUGCCGAAAGCAGGCUGCUCCAAUUGGAAAAGGGUCCUCAUGGUGCUCAAUGGACUUGCUGCUUCAGCACACAACAUUUCCCAUGACGAUGUGCACUAUGGAAAGCAUCUAAGGAAACUGGACAGUUAUGACCUAAAAGGGAUAUACACACGCUUGAACACAUACACCAAGACUAUAUUUGUACGUGAUCCUAUAGAAAGACUGGUGUCUGCCUUCAGGGAUAAGUUUGAACAUCCAAACAGUUAUUACCAUCCAGUAUUUGGGAAGGCAAUAAUUAAGAAGUAUAGACAUAAUGCAAAUGAAGAGGCAUUGAAAACAGGAUCAGGAGUUAAAUUCAAGGAGUUUGUCCAAUAUUUGUUAGAUUCCCAUCGCCCAGUAGGAAUGGACAUUCAUUGGGAGCAAGUCAGUAAGCUCUGCUACCCCUGCCUCAUCAACUAUGAUUUUAUAGGAAAGUUUGAAACCCUGGAAGAAGACGCCAAUUACUUUUUGCAGCUGGUGGGUGCUCCAGCUGAGCUGAAGUUUCCUAAAUUCAAAGACAGACAUUCCUCUGAUGAGAGAACAAGUGCAGAAGUAGUGAGGCAGUACUUAAAGGAAUUGUCUAAGGAGGAGAGACAGCUGACCUAUGACUUCUAUUACUUGGAUUACUUAAUGUUCAAUUAUACAUCACCAAUUGUAUAGUACCAGAAUAGCUUCAGGCUUCUAUUAGAUAUUUAUCAUUUUGGGAUUCAGAACAACUACUUCCAUAUUAGCCCUGAAAGGAAACAAAGUUACUGCUAAGUGGAGAUGUCUUGACUUAGUGGGAAUUUUAUAAGCUUGAGUGACAUCAAUUGACACCAAAUUAUAGGAGAAAGCACAAAAAAAAAGACCUGUAAACAGCAUAAAUUGCACUAAAAUGUCUGAAAAAGCUGCUUUUACCAUUAUGGAUUAUACUGUGGAAGCGGUAGUGCAGGCAGCUGUUGCAUUAGCUUACCUAAUGUUCUUUUAAUAGUUUAAGAAAAAAGCAUUCAGAGUAGCAUGAUUCUUUUUUGGUGUGUCUGCUUCAGAAAUUCAUUUUGAAACUAUUUUUGAAUGUAUUUUUUACUUUCUGUCACUUAUUAAUAAAGAAGCAUUCGCUAAUUUUCUAAAA